GUUUCCGGAUGAGGGGCGGAACAAAAGAAGAGCUCAUUUUGCCGCGUGCGCGCUCGCGCUGCAAUUUUGUGUCUGAAUCGCCACAGUUUAGUAGUUUGCAGAAUCUUGUGCGUUUACUUUAGAUAUGGAGGCGUUAAAUCAGCUUCUAGCGGAGUAUCCGGAGCUGAUGUUCAGCGGGAUGGGCGCCACAGCUGUGGUGGCAGGAGGAGCGCUCCUCUACAAACUGUCCUCCAGAAAGAAACCGUCCCAUGCCAGUGUGAACUGUUGGUUCUGUAAUCAGAACAGUGUGGUGCCCUAUGGGAACAGGAAUUGCUGGGACUGUCCGAACUGUGAUCAGUAUAAUGGCUUUCAGGAGAAUGGAGAUUACAACAAACCUAUCCCCGCUCAGUACAUGGAGCACUUAAACCAUGGCGUCUCUGGAAGCCAUCCAUCUCCAGAUCCUCCAAAAACCCUGCAAUGGGUAAACUGUCAGAUGCUGCUAUGCAGGAAGUGCAAUAAUAACCAAACGUCAAAGAUCAAGCAGCUAGCGUCAUUUAUACCAAGAGAUGAUGAAAAUUAUGAUGAAGAGAUUGAAGCCUACAAGCAUCAUCUUGAACAGACAUACAAGUUGUGUAGGCCAUGUCAGGCUGCUGUGGAAUACUAUAUUAAAUAUCAAAAUCGUCAACUUAGGACUGUGCUGCUAAACCAUCAGCUUCGGCGUAGUCGUGACACAGACAAGGGUUUUAUAAAGAGCCCUUACAGUGCAUCUUGUCCUACAGCAGUAAUACUUCUACGAAUCCUUGCCUUUCUCAUUUGCGCUUUCUUGUUUGCAUCAUCUUUUGUUGACUUGGCUGAUGUGUCCACCUCGCCCAGUAUCACUCCACAAUCUACUGUCAACGAAUCUGCUAUUAAAAAUCAAAGUAAUGACACUGUACAUGUUUGGCAAGGCCUGCUCGAGCUGCUUCCAGAAAAGACCUUUGAAAAGUCCAAGGCAGUGUUGCAGUUUGGCAAAGACAGUCAGGUGGCUGUAGUAUCUCUUGGCCUGUUGAUUUGUCUUACCAGUAUCUUCCUAGCCGGACCCACAAGGUUGAGAAGAAUUGAUGCAGUGGCGUCCAUUUUGUGGUUUCUGAUCCUGUGUCUUCACAUGGCUGAGAGCUUCAGACCUGGUGCCUCAGACUGGACAGAUACAGCCAAACUCUGUGCCGUGUCCACCUGUUGUCUGGUCAGCUUUGGUGCAGCUGUGGCCACUCGCAAACCACUGGGUUCAAGAAGAGGCAGAUACCGAAGACAUUUUCCCAGCGGUUUCCAGCCUCCGUUGCCUGUUUCUGACCUGACAGACUCCAUUGUUCUAACUCCUCCACCCAAUCUUUGCAAACUCAUACACCAACAGACUCCACAGGAGCGCAAGGCCUCCCCCACAUCACUCCCAGGACGCCUCAACAGAGCGCUCCGACUUGGGACUAUUCCAACACUCACUCGCACAGAUUCUGGUUAUCUGUUCAGUGGAAGCAGGCCACCUUCGGUUUACAAAGGCUCCCCGUCUUCAGAUUAUUUUUCUCUCAAAUCUGGAAGCCGGCCCUCGUCCCCUGGCCCUUCCCCGACCCCCUCUGUGGCUGGGUCGGUCACCUCCAGCUCUGGGUCAGCCCGGUUCCGUAGACCCCUCAUCAGCCCAGCUCGACUCAACAUCAGUGGUCAGAAACUGAGGCUUUUCUCCAAUGAGAGGGAGUCGACUCUCAGGACCCCUCCUGUGUCCCCAUCUGUGUCCCCCUCACACAUGGGUCAUGAGCCGGCACCUUCAGUCUACAACACCUGCUUUUCUUCAGACGUUUUCUCUCUGCACAGUCAAAAUGAUUUGACAUUUAAUUGCCGAGAUGGCAGUGUAAUAGAGGAGGAGAAGAAAGGAAGCUCUUCUGAAUCCUCCGCAUGUUUGGUCGACACUACAACACAAGGGCCAGACACCAGUUCUUCAGAUAAAAGUUUUUGGAGGCAAGUCAUUUGGCCAGGACUGUUAUUGGUCAGCCUCAGCACUAACUUGGUCUUUGGCUCUAUUUAUGUGUACAAUAACUGGAGAUGAACUUGAACUGCUGCCUCUGCUGCAUUGACCUACAUGUAGUGAGCGGUCCGUAGAAGCCCGGGUCCCGUCCCCUGCUCUCAGGAUGCUGUGGAUGUACUUCUACUCCGUCAUAUUUGGUUUAGGAGUCAAAAGGUUGUUUUUUGUCCUUCUCCAAGCCCUAAGUUUCGUGUACAUUUAGUUUAGACACUACUGUUUGGCUGUGAAAUGUGCAAUGACAAAGUACUGUUGUUUUCAUGCUGCUGUUUACAUGUCUUAAUUACCGACACUGAUUGUAUUUUAGGUUUAAUGAUCUGGACGACUGAGGGAUUAAAGAGAAUCUGACAAAGUAGUAAAACCUAAAUAUAAUGCAGCAUGUUUUCUAUUGACUCUUAAAACAUUUUUUUCUAAUUGUAGUAUUCAGUAUUUCUAUUUGUUUUCAGUUUUUCUGAUGCCAAAGCAGUAAAUUAUGUACUACGGUAUUGGUUUUCUGUAACCAACAUUUUUGUUAUGCAUAUGGUACGGUGCUAGAGGCGAGCUGUGGGUCAAACAUUUCAUCUACUUUUGAAGUAUCACUUGCAUAAUGUGGCUUAUUAAUUUUGAAGAAAAUUAUGUAUUAACUGUAUGUGUUUUAUGAAUUUCAUGUCAAAUGUAAGUAUUUGGCAACAUUUGUAGUGCUUGACACUUUUGUAAUGGGACGCAUGUUUUUUAAGUGCGUUUGCAUUUUCAAUUUUUUUUUUUUUUUUUGAGCUAAAAAUGAGCAGAAUCAAAUAUGCUACUGAUAUAAAGUGACUACUUCUCCAGUUGUACUGUAUAAAGUAGGUAUUUUACAGUUUUUCUGAACAGUUUGUGCGAGUGGUGAAUUGUAAAUAAUGGUCUGGAGACAUUAGGUCUUAUGCAUAUUGUGGGUGCUCAUUGAAUCAAAUUGUAUUUAAAUUUGAUUUGAAAAGAUAAAUUACAGUGACAUUUGUCUUAAUGUUUUGUUUUAUGCCUGAAAACAGCAUUUUAAUAAAUGAUUUGUAUCAU